UCAAUGGGAGGAGUGAUCCAGGCUUUUUAGGUGGAGUGAGGGCGAAGAAGGGUGAUUUCUUGGAUUCUUUGGAUGUAUAUCUUUUCUAGAGAGAGUUGAGUAAGAUGUGGUCUGUUAUGAAUUUGACAUUUGUUGUCAAAUUCCCAAUGGCAGUCAUAGAUUUCUGCUGCUUUGGCUUAGGUGUCAUUAUAUAUAAUAACUCACUUUUAUCCUUGGGAGUGAAAACAAGAGAAAACAUUAACAGUACUGUUUUGGAAACAGUGUUAAAAUUUACAUUAAGACAAUAUUUAGACAAAUAGUGCUUAAGGAAGUACUUGUUUUUUGAUCUGAGUUGUUCUUAUCAGUUAAUUGGUUGUGGUUUUUUUUAAUUUUAACAGAUUUAGUAAAAAUAUUUUGGUUGGAUAUAUGGCAGUAUACGAAGAAAAUCAGUUAGUAUUGAAUCAUUUGAAAUCAGUUGAUUUGAAAUAGUGGAGCUUUUGAACAUUUUUCCAUAGUACUUGUAUGUCUGUACUUAAGUACUGGUGUGGUUUUCUAAAUGGAUGGUGCCAGCUAAUAUGAAGUAAAUGAUCUGUUAUGUCUAAUACUUCCCUUGGAAAUAUCACAUCAAGUUCUUUUUUAAUUCAUACACUACUUUAGUCCCAACAAAAUAGUCGUUACACUGUGUGGUAGCAGUCCUUCUUUGUUCCUUAUUACAACUUUUUAAUUUACAGUUUCUUUUUAUUGAUACAGUUGAACUGUAUCUGUGUGUGUGUGUGUGAGUAUACACAAUGCUGUAUAUAUAGUAUAUAUGUCAGCUACUAUAGAUGAUUGAGGCCAAGCAACUGAGGCUAAAGUAAUAUGAGGUGAAGCUCCUUGGACUUGCUCAGUUUCCACUGUUACAAAGUACAUUUAUAUGAAUACAACUACUUAAGAAUUAAUUUUGGUCUUGCCCAGAUCUGCCUAGUAGACUGAGUAAUAGAGAUGUGAGAGACAGAGAUAGAGAGAUAGAGAUAUGAGUCACCAGACUGUUGACAGGACAUUAUGGUAAUUAUUUAACACAUAAUAAUGAAAACAAUAAUAACAAUAUUAACAAUAAUAGAAGCAACAACAGCAAUAAUAAUAGAAAGAUGUCACUUCAUAAAGCAUCUUUUAGAGAAUUACAUAAUUGCAUCAGUUAUAUUGAAUUUUGCUUGGAAUGACAUAGUUACACUUAUCACAUUAUGGAAAGCCUGAUAAUAUUAGAAUAUCUAGUUCUCUUAACUGUCCUUUUUUAACAGCUGUGAUUUUGAAGAGUUUUGCAAAUUGUAGUUGAAAAUUUCAGAGUAAUUUAAAAAAAGACUGGAAGUGAAUUUUGUGCUUUCUCACUGCAUGUUACUGUUUCUGUAUGCACCUCUCCAUACCUCUUUAUUUUUUCAUACAUCCUGUUCUGCAAAUUUCCUUAAUGGUUAGGGAAAGAUGAGAUUAAUAAAAGUUGAUUAUUUCUUUAAAUUAUCUUUUUUGUGGCUUGAGAACCAAUCAGUGAUUCACUAUAUAAUCUGCAGAUGUAUAUAACAGAUUGAGUGAAAUAACUGGAGCUUCUUUCCGUUUUACAAAAAUACACCGGAAACUCAAGAAAUUAGGUCUUAAAAAUCUGAGCAAAGCUGAGGCCAGAAAGUCUUUUCACAAACAACCAAGUAAUAUGAGGAAUAAAACAAAGAGGGGAUGCUGAUCUGGUGACAGGCAAGGAAAGAGUAAGUAACUGAUUCCUAGAGAAGGCUCCAGACUGCCAGCUUGUGGUAAAUGUAGCAGCAGUGGUGUAGCAAUAGUCUAAAGAUAAAGGUUUUCCAUAAAGCUUGCAGUCUAGUCUGAGGGGUGAGUAUGUGAAAGAACAUAGUCAUUUAGAAAGAUGUAUAAUUAGGAAAAUCUGUGCAAGGCAUCCUGACAGGAAGAAACCAAAACUUCUAUAAUUUAACUUCAGAAGAGUAUGUUUUUUCUUUGUUUUCCCAGAUCUAUGCCUUUACAAACUUGUUAUCUGUUUCAGAUAUUGUGAAUAAACAUUUGCAUGUUUAACUGACCCUGGCAUGAAUUAAAAGUGAUCUGAUACUAAAUUAAUAUAAAAAAGGAAUUUGUUACUCCAGUCCCUGCAAACUGCAAGUACCUGGCUCCUCGUUAUGUUUUGUAGAAUAGCGAAAAGGUAGGAGACCAUGCUCCCAAAUAAACUGUUUGGGUUCUCUGGAAAAUAGGUCUUAGAGAUUCAGGGAAGGAAACAUUAAAUAUUUUAAUGGCAUAUCGAUAAUACCAGUAUUGUAAGUAGCAACCAUUUUGAUGCCGUUACCUUGUUUUAGCAAAAUUGAGCAAUGAAUAUUUGUCUCUAAACCUGCUCUGAUAAGCUUCUUUUCCUUACUGAAUCACUCAAACCUUUGGCUUCUCUAGUAACUUCUGCAUCAGUGAUGCAUUUUCCAUAUGAAGUCAUGAAGACAAACUAUAUCAAGAAAUACUAGUUCUUAAACCAAGCACAAAGAAUUGCUGCCUUUUGUAUGCACUGAGGUAAUAGAUUUAAUAAAAUUAUCUCUUUCCCUCCUUACACAGACUCCAGCCUCUUCCAGGAACCUAUCUAGGCAAUGUCAACUUAAUGAUCAAAACCUUAAAAUAGAGGUCAGAAGUACUAAGUUUGGCUGUCCAAUUUAGUAUCACAGGAGUACAGUUUCUAAGAACACUAAACAUAGGAAAGUACUUAUAUAUUUAGCAUACAUACCCAUUUACAUCAGUGGGCACUUGGCUCUGCUGAUCAGAUCCAAGGUGUCAAGGUGGGUGCUCAGGAAAUAAAGAAUGAGCAAUUACACAGUAGUUGUGAACAAGCAUUCACUGCUAAAACCAUGGUGCCCUUGUACAUUUAUUUUGAUUACCUCACUUGUUACAAACACAGCUGUCUAAUCUCUUUAUCAUCCUCAAUUUAUAGCACAUCAGAGAUGUAUGUCAGCAUCUUUUGACUUGGAGCUGAGCAUGUAGUAGCACCUUCACAGGAUUUAUUCAUUUUGAUGUCACUUUGCAUUGUAGUCCUUCCCCAUGUAAAUGAGGAGACAAAGUUUUAAUUCUGAAUGAGCCCAUCUAUUUUUGGAUCUCUUCUGUGAUAAAUGACUAGGGAUUCUGGCGGCCGAGCUUCCUCCAUUGCAUACCAUCUUAAUCAUCUGCAAACCAGGUAAACAUUACCAAAUGAGGAGAAAAGGAAGAUGCCAUCGAGUAUCGGCAGCCAGGCAUUCUUCUUCCCCAUGCAGUAUUAAACACUCCCCCACACGAGAAACCUUGACAUAUGCUCAAGCUCAAAGGAUGGUUGAAAUAGAAAUUGAAGGUCGCCUGCACAGGAUCAGUAUCUUCGAUCCUUUAGAGAUUAUAUUAGAAGAUGAUCUUACUGCCCAGGAAAUGAGUGAAUGCAACAGCAAUAAAGAAAAUAGUGAAAGACCACCAGUUUGUCUAAGAAGCAAGCGGCAUAAAAAUAACAAAGUGAAAAAGAAAAAUGAAGCUCUUCCGAGCUCGCACGGUAUACCUGCUACAACAGCUCCUCUUCCAGAACCAAAAGUACGGAUUGUUGAAUACAGUCCCCCCUCGGCUCCUCGGAGACCUCCAGUUUAUUACAAAUUCAUUGAGAAGUCAGCAGAAGAACUUGAUAACGAAGUUGAGUAUGACAUGGAUGAAGAAGAUUAUGCAUGGUUAGAAUUGAUAAAUGAUAAGCGGAAAAGUGAUGGAGUGUCAGUUGUUUCACAAAAUAUGUUUGAAUUCCUUAUGGAUAGGUUUGAAAAAGAGUCCUAUUGUGAGAACCAAAAACAGGGUGAUCAUCAGUCUUUAAUUGAUGAAGAUGCAGUGUGUUGUAUAUGCAUGGAUGGUGAAUGUCAGAACAGCAAUGUGAUCCUGUUUUGUGAUAUGUGUAAUUUAGCAGUACAUCAGGAAUGCUAUGGGGUGCCAUAUAUACCUGAGGGCCAGUGGCUCUGCAGACACUGUUUGCAGUCCCGCUCUCGGCCUGUAGACUGUGUGCUGUGCCCAAACAAGGGAGGUGCCUUUAAAAAGACUGAUGAUGAUCGUUGGGGACACGUGGUGUGUGCUUUGUGGAUUCCAGAAGUUGGAUUUGCCAAUACAGUUUUUAUUGAGCCAAUUGAUGGUGUCAGGAACAUUCCCCCAGCCAGAUGGAAGUUAACAUGCUACCUCUGUAAACAGAAAGGUGUUGGUGCCUGCAUCCAGUGCCACAAAGCAAACUGCUAUACUGCAUUCCAUGUGACGUGUGCUCAAAAGGCCGGUCUGUAUAUGAAAAUGGAACCUGUGAAAGAACUAACUGGGAGUGGAACAACAUUCUCUGUGAAAAAGACUGCCUAUUGUGAUGUACAUACUCCACCAGGUUGCACACGGAGACCUCUGAAUAUUUAUGGAGAAGCUGAAAUCAAAAACGGUGUUUGUAGAAAGGAGGGAUCAGUCAGAACUGCUAGGUCUACAUCAAAAGUCAGAAAAAAGACAAAAAAAGCCAAGAAAACAGUGGUUGAACCCUGUACAGUUAUGCCAACAGUAUCUGCUCCUUAUAUCCCCCCCCAGAGAUUAAAUAAGAUUAUGAAUCAGGUGGCCAUUCAGCGAAAGAAGCAUUUUGUUGAACGAGUGCACAGUUACUGGUUGCUUAAAAGACUGUCUAGGAAUGGUGUUCCACUGUUGAGAAGGCUGCAAUCCAGUUUACAGUCACAAAGAAACACACAACAGAGAGAAGAUGACGAAGAAAUGCAAGCCUUAAAAGAAAAAUUGAAGUACUGGCAGAGGCUGCGCCAUGAUCUUGAAAGAGCACGUUUGUUGAUAGAACUUAUACGUAAGCGUGAAAAAUUAAAAAGAGAACAGGUCAAGAUUGAGCAGGUUGCUAUGGAACUUAGGCUUACUCCAUUCACUGUACUUCUGCGAUCAGUUCUGGAUCAGCUGCAGGAAAAGGAUUCUGCUCGUAUAUUUGCUCAGCCAGUGAACCUUAAAGAGGUUCCAGACUAUUUGGAUCAUAUUAAACAUCCUAUGGAUUUCUCUACCAUGAGAAAACGGUUAGAUGCUCAAGGCUAUAAAAACCUCAGUGAGUUUGAAGACGACUUCAAUCUUAUCAUAGAUAACUGUAUGAAAUACAAUGCAAAAGAUACAAUAUUUUAUAGAGCUGCAGUGCGGUUAAGAGAUCAAGGAGGUGUAGUUCUCAGGCAAGCUAGGCGAGAUGCUGAAGGAAUCGGUUACAAUAAUGAAACUGGAAUGCACUUACCUGAACGGCCUAAACUUGAGACACCCCAGCCUUUCUCUUGGGAAGAUGUGGAUAGGUUACUGAAUCCUGCAAACAGAGCACAUAUGUCCUUGGAAGAACAGCUGAGAGAGUUGCUAGAAAAACUUGAUCUGACCUGUGCAAUGAAAUCCAGUGGGUCAAGGAGCAAAAGAGCAAAGCUGUUAAAGAAAGAAAUCAGCAUUAUUCGCAACAAACUCAGUCAGCAACACAACCAAGCUCCUCAAAUAGAAUCAGGUAUUGGAAGUUUUGAAGAAGAAAGUGCAGCAUUAGAACAGGAUGGAGAAGAAGAAGGAGAUAAAUCUCCCCCUAAACUUGAACCAUCAGAUGCAUUACCUCUUCCUUCAAACUUGGAGACUAAUUCAGAACCACCAACCCUCAAACCAGUAGAACUCAAUCCAGAGCAGAGUAAGCUUUACAAAAGAGUAAAAUUUGAUAAUGAAUUAUAUAGCACUUCCAUUCAGAAAGAAAUAAAUGGACACACUCCAGAACACUUACUUGACAGUAAUCUCAAUGAGUCGACUGUUUCUGCUGUAGCUGAGUCAUCAACUGAUGUAAACAGACGUACAUCCAUUCUCUUCUGCAAAUCGAAAAGUAUAAGCCCCCAAAAGUCUGCAAAGAACACUGAAACCCAGCCAACUUCUCCACAGCUAGGGACCAAAACCUUUUUGUCUGUAGUCCUUCCAAGGUUGGAGACACUUCUGCACCCAAGGAAAAGAUCAAGGAGUGCAUGUGGAGAUUCUGAGGUUGAUGAUGAGUCCCCUGUAAAGCGCUUGGAUACAGGUCUGUCAAAUGGCUUUGGAGAUGAAAGUAAAGAGAGAGCAUUAGAUGAUACUCCAGGAAGAAAAGUUGAACCUCGUCGCCGCUGUGCAUCAGAAUCUAGUAUUUCAUCUAGUAACAGUCUCUUGUGUAACUCAAGUUUCAGCCUACCGAAGUGUGGUAAAGGUAAACCUGCCUUGAUACGGAGACACACACUGGAAGACCGAAGUGAAUUGAUAUCAUGCAUUGAAAAUGGAAACUAUGCCAAAGCAGCAAGAAUUGCAGCUGAAGUUGGGCAUAGCAGUAUGUGGAUUUCAACUGAUGCUGCAACAUCUGUUCUUGAGCCUCUAAAAGUAGUAUGGGCCAAAUGCAGCGGAUAUCCCUCUUACCCAGCUCUGAUUAUUGACCCUAAGAUGCCUCGUGUUGCUGGCCAUCACAACGGUGUUACUAUACCAGUGCCACCUCUGGAUGUACUGAAAAUUGGAGAACAAAUGCAGACCAAAUCAGAUGAAAAACUAUUCUUAGUACUAUUUUUUGACAACAAAAGAAGUUGGCAGUGGCUUCCCAAAUCCAAAAUGGUUCCCCUUGGGAUAGAUGAGACCAUAGACAAGUUAAAAAUGAUGGAAGGACGUAAUUCAAGCAUACGAAAAGCAGUAAGAAUUGCUUUUGAUCGUGCUAUGAAUCACCUGAGUCGAGUCCAUGGAGAACCAGUCAGUGACUUCAGUGAUAUUGACUAGCAGAGAUUCUAGCAAGGCAUGAAAAAUACCACACAGACUUGAACUCUACUAAUGAACCUCUUUGUCUAAAAGAAUGUAUUGAAGAUACAACCCCUUAAUUGUUGAUUCAGUGGCUGAGUUCUGCAAACUUGAAAUAGUUGAGCAAUUCUUCUAAAUCACCAUUGCCAUAUUGAUGAAUUAUUUUAUUGUGUUGUAGAUUGGAGGAUUUUCCACUAAACCUGUUAAAAUGUCUUGUUCAUAGUGUUCAUAAUUGUACAUAAAUGUAUAUUCAACACUUAACUUAUUCUGAUUUUAGAAGUAGCUCUUUUAAUUCCUUUUAUAAUUUUGCUGGGGAGGGAGUUGGUUUCUGUUUCCAUGCUUUUUACUUUUUUUUUCCUUCUUUCUGAGGUUAAGUUACCUAAGCACCAUCUUCCAGCUUAAGGUGUUUAGUGGAUCUUAAAGCCUAAUAUCAAAAUGGCAUCAAAUAUAUGUUUGCCUAAAUCAUAUACAGUAUGGUGCUGCUUGUAUCAUUUCUUCCUUGGUCUGUAGCUUCUGAAAAAGACUUCUGAAUGUUUGUGUAAAUUGUAGCUCUUUGCACAAAGUACCACAUAUUUAAGAUUGAUGUAAAUUUACAAUUACAAAUAUGUAUUUUAAGAAAGGAAGUUACAUUAUUUUGGAGGGUACUUUGUGAGAAAGACAUCAAUAAAAAUUAUACUAUGUACAUCACUUGCAAAUCACCAAAAACACUCCAUUGUUGCCCAAAAUAACUUAAGAUUGUUUUUGUUUUAAACAAACCUGGCUUAAAGCCUGCAAGCACAUUAUUUCUUUCAAAACCAUAUCCCAUUUAUCUCCUGUUGAUUUAAUUUUGUUGAUAUGUGUGCCUCCCUGUGUUUAUUUAUUGUAGAAAAUGUAUUAAUUUGCUUUAUAAUGAAAAAUAAAAUUGACAAAUAUAUUGAUAUGCAUUUUUAUACAGGCACAUGAGAAGACAACUUGCUUUGGGAGAAAAAUGUAUUGGAAAUUGUAAAAAAUAACUUGAUGGUUUGUGUGUAAUUUGGUUUUUUGGUAACUUGUAAUCUUUUGUUUCCAAUGAGGGGAUUUAUGUAACUUUUAAUUUAGAACACUUUGGUAGCAAUAGAAACUUUGGAUACAUUUUUGUAUGGUACAUGUGAUGUAUAUAGAAUUAGUACUUUAUUUUUAUUUUUAAGAAGUAAAGCAUUAUGUUUGGGCAGGGGGAAGAUGGAGGGUGGGUUUCCAGAACUGCAUUUUUAUAUUAAAAAGAAAAAAAAAUAAAGUCAAGAUAUUGAUUGUUGUAGCUACUUUAUUCCUACCUUCACUGAGAUACUGAAUUUGUAACAAUGAAAAUGGCAAGGUAUGUUUGCAAUGUGAUUUAUAAUGGCUCCAUUAUUUAUAAAUGCACUGUGUUUGAACUCUUUUGCAGUGAUAUCGUAAAUACUGUACCAAGUUAUAUAAUAUGAAACACCAAAUAAUGCAUAUGAAUGCACGAAGUAUUUAUGCCCAGCUUUUUUAUAAAGGAUUAGCAAAUACAGCAAAACCAAUACUUUUUAAAUCUUUUUUUUAAAACUUCAUUGAAUAGCAUACUUCAUUGUUAAACCUGCUUGAAUCUUUAUUUUAAAGGGACAAUUACUUUUUAAAUAGUUUUUAAUGUUUUUAUUCUCUAUUGUUUGUAAUACCCCCGUAGAAGCUUGAAAUAAAAUUUCUUUCUCAACUGUAAA